CACAACCAAAAUUCCAUGUCCUAAUUUGUUCUGAAAACGUCUCUCUCACCGCCUCCUCAAAACUGAACAAAAAAAACAUCGAUUGCUGUUAAAUCCCCCAAGAAGAGGCCCAGACCCCCCGAGCGAACCCGCCAGAAGCAAAGCACAAUGGUGACCCCCCAAUCGCCCACACCUAUGUUCAAUGGGCUGGAUGACGAUCUCUAUAACGAGGCCAAAUUCGCACACGAAAUCAACGACAAAAUGCGCGUACCCAAGCGCAUCAAGGCUACGGGCGAGUACUCUGACGAGGAUCUACUGCUGUCCAACCAGAACGGAAAUCAGUUCAUCAGCUCUUGGAACUAUCACGACAAGAUCGACAUGAAUGUGCCCGACCGCAUUGUGGUGCUCGGGCACAAUCAGCAUCUGGAAACGCGCUCGGCACCGCGCGAAAUACAGCUGGAGAACUCUAUUCUACCCAAGAAUCCCUCGGCGAGCUAUGCACGCGUCCAGACGCCGCCGCGCGUCAUCACACUCACCGACCAUCACUUCCCAUCGGCCUCCGAGGAGAGUUCCCCCAUCAGGGCCAACGGCCAUCACCUGUAUGGGCAGGAUCAGGACUAUGACGAGGACGAGCAGGGGAAUGCCACUCAAUACGUGCGCGCCAAUGGCACAGCCCGCAUGGGCUUCCACACCAACGAUGCCAACUCUGUGGAGUCCGAUUCGCAGCUAACCACGGGCAGUGCCAGCAAGCGUUCUCAGCUGAACCAGCAGCAGCACAACAAUCUGGAUGCCUCUAUGCUGGCCCAGCGCGAGGGCACGCCAAUGGGCGAGCUGACGCCCCACGAAGAGAUCCUGUAUCUGCGCCGCCAGCUGGCCAAGCUGAAUCGCCGGGUGCUCAACAUUGAGAUCAACAACGAGCAGCGUAUGCAGCGGGAGAAGAUCGUCUAUUGCCUGGGCCUGGCCUACUUUGUGCUGAAGACAAUAUUCUGGCUGAAUCGCAAUUAGAGGGACAAGGCGGGGGCAGGGCUGCUCUCAAUGCCGCUCUCCGUAUGGUGCUUCGGUCCACAUGGAAAAUGUGGAAAAUGGCACAGACUCACCCACUGGACACCCCUUGGAACAGCUUCUUUCGUUCAUACCCUAUUUGUUUCACUUUUUGUGGAUUGGCUCUGAGAGAGACUUUGUUUUUUUGUUCGCCAUAAUUCGUAGUUUAAGCUCUAAAAUAAAAUAAGCGCAACACCAUCUCUGUUUGUCCACCGUGGAAAACUGGAAAAAAAAACAAAGGACUCCUUAACUUAAUUACCAAUAUCUGGAACCACUGAAGGAAAGGAGAGUGCCCAAUCAAUAUACACCAUAAUAAAUUUAAGCUUUAA